AUUGGGAUGGAGGAGGAGGAGGAGGCGGUGAUGUACUGCGGCUGCCUCCCUGCUGGGGGAGCGGCUGUAGAUCUCGUCACCUCGCCCAGGGAUCUGUAGACCGGAGGGGGGCAUUCUCCUCCCCGGGCAGGCUCCAGUGCCAUGUCGGAGGCAGAGGGAGGCUCCAUGGUGGCAGCUCAGGGUUCUCCGGCCGGUGGAGGCGGCAGAGGAGCGGAGAGCCCGGGAGGUGCCGGGGCAGCGCCGCUCAGAAUCGCUGCUAAGAAGGGUCAGCUCCGCUCCGCUCCCCGGGCGAAGAGACUGGAGAAACUCGGAGUAUACUCCGCCUGUAAGGCUGAUGACACAUGCAAGUGCAAUGGCUGGAAGAACCCAAAUCCUCCCCCCACACCGCCAAGAAUGGAUCUUCAGCAGACCGUUGUCAGCCUCACUGAGCCAUGCCGCAGCUGUUCGCACACUCUUGCAUCACACGUUUCCCAUUUAGAGAAUGUGUCAGAGGAGGAAAUUAAUAGACUUCUGGGAAUUGCUCUCGAUGUGGAAUAUCUGUUCACUUGUGUACACAAGGAAGAAGACGCUGAUACGAAACAAGUCUAUUUCUAUCUAUUUAAGCUUUUAAGAAAAUGCAUUCUACAAAUGGGGAAACCUGUGGUGGAAGGAUCAUUGGAAAGCCCUCCGUUUGAGAAGCCUAGCAUUGAACAGGGUGUAAAUAAUUUUGUACAAUACAAAUUUAGUCAUCUACCUGCCAAGGAAAGACAAACUAUUAUAGAACUGGCUAAAAUGUUUCUGAAUCGUAUCAACUACUGGCAUCUUGAAACUCCAUCACAGGGAAGGCAAAGAUCCCCCACAGAAGACAUUGCUGCAUAUAAAGUCAACUACACCAGGUGGCUCUGCUACUGCAACGUCCCCCAGUUCUGUGACAGCUUGCAUCGAUAUGAAACCACGCAGGUGUUUGGCCGCACAUUACUGCGCUCUGUCUUCACUGUAAUGAGACGUCAGCUGCUGGAACAGGCCAGACAAGAGAAAGACAAACUGCCACAGGAGAAGAGAACACUAAUACUGACUCACUUCCCAAAAUUCCUGUCUAUGCUGGAAGAGGAGGUUUACAGUCCAAAUUCUCCUAUAUGGGACGAAGAUUUUAUGUCUUCAUCUUCUCAAACAAAUGAGCUUGGAAUCCAAGCAGUUAUCACCAAUCCUCCUGUUUCAAGAACAAUUGCAUAUGUGGCAAGCCCAUCAUCAACUGAUCAGCCCAACAGUGGAAGCGUGAGUCCUUCUAGCAAACCGGCACUUGAAUCAAGCCUUGGAGCUGACAAAAGGAAAAGUAGUGAACCUUAUUCUACAGAAGAAUCCAAAAGACCAAGAGCAGUGGGCGACAUUCCUAUUGAACUGAUCAAUGAAGUAAUGUCUACUAUCACAGAUCCUGCUGCCAUGCUGGGCCCUGAGACCAGCUUUCUAUCUGCUAUUUCUGCGAGAGACGAGGCAGCCAGGCUGGAAGAGCGCAGAGGUGUGAUUGAGUUUCAUGUUGUCGGAAAUUCUCUUAACCAGAAACCCAAUAAAAAGAUCAUGAUUUGGCUUGUUGGCUUACAAAACGUCUUCUCACAUCAGCUACCGAGGAUGCCAAAGGAAUAUAUCACCCGCCUUGUCUUUGAUCCGAAACAUAAAACACUUGCUCUUAUCAAGGAUGGACGUGUCAUUGGGGGCAUCUGCUUUCGAAUGUUUCUAAGCCAAGGAUUUACAGAGAUAGUCUUCUGUGCUGUGACUUCAAAUGAGCAAGUAAAGGGUUAUGGCACUCAUUUAAUGAAUCAUUUGAAGGAAUAUCACAUCAAACAUAACAUAUUGAAUUUCCUCACCUAUGCUGAUGAAUAUGCAAUAGGCUAUUUCAAGAAACAGGGUUUUUCUAAAGACAUUAAAGUACCUAAAGCACGGUAUGUUGGAUACAUAAAGGAUUAUGAAGGAGCCACUUUAAUGGGAUGUGAGUUAAAUCCCAGGAUACCUUACACAGAAUUUUCUGUCAUCAUAAAGAAACAGAAAGAGAUCAUCAAGAAAAUGAUUGAAAGGAAGCAAGCACAAAUCAGAAAAGUAUACCCAGGACUAUCGUGCUUUAAAGAAGGAGUACGGCAAAUACCGAUUGAAAGCAUCCCAGGAAUCAAAGAAACAGGUUGGAAGCCGAGUUUGAAAGAAAAAAGUAAAGAGGCAAAAGAUCCAGAGCAAUUAUACAACACACUGAAAAAUAUUCUGCAGCAGGUAAAGAGUCACCAAAGUGCUUGGCCAUUCAUGGAACCUGUGAAAAGAACAGAAGCUCCCGGGUACUAUGAAGUUAUAAGAUUUCCCAUGGACCUGAAAACCAUGAGCGAACGGGUGAAGAACAAAUAUUAUAUCACUAAGAAGUUAUUUAUGGCAGACUUGCAGAGGAUCUUUACAAACUGCAGAGAGUACAACCCGCCAGAAAGUGAAUACUUCAAAUGUGCGAACAUCCUGGAGAAAUUCUUCUACGGUAAAAUUAAGGAAGCUGGACUCAUAGACAAAUGAGGAGUGACAGCAGUUUGUUGUACCUGGAAUACCUGGGCCGCCUGCUGUAACACACCACACUCAAAUUUUGCACUUGUUUCUGUACAUACUAACCCUUCCCAUACUGGCGACCUUUUAGCAAUCUGAUUUUUAGAAAUGACCUUUUUUUGUUAUGUCUUUUUUUACAAAUUUUAUUAGAAAUGGUGCUUUCAAAGUUAUAGGGCAGAGUACAUAUUUAAUGUUGACAUGAACCGUUUUGUAUAUUUAGAAGUGUUUUGUAUAAUAAUGUAAAAUUAGGCAUUUAUGUGGCUUCUUAACCACUAUAUGUAGAACACUGUUUCGCUUUGAGUGAUAAUAGGUUACAGAUUUGCUUAUGCUGGUCAUAAGUUAAAGCAUAUUUUACUUACCGCUACUUUAAUUAUAAUGCAAACACUAAUAUUGGGCUUUAGAAAGUAGGUGUUCCUGCCGCCUGGCAUCAU